AUGGCUCCCCGCCGCCGCAGCACCUCUCCGCCGCCUGCCUCUCUCCCAGACGACGACGACAUCCUCCGGGAGAUCCUCCUCCGCCUCCCGCCGCGGCCGUCCUCCCUCCCCCGGGCCUCCCUCGUCUGCAAGCGUUGGCGCAGCCUCGUCGCCGAUCCCCAAUUCCGACGCCGCUUCGGCGACCACCACGGCAAGCCCCCUCUCCUUGGCUUCUUCCUCGAGGACUAUCCGUCCUCUCAGUUUGUUCCAAUACUGGAUCGACCAGAUCGCAUCCCCGGCGCUCGCUUCUCCAUGACUCUCAACAAGGGCAACCGCAUCGUCGACUGCCGCCACGGCCUCGUCCUUUUCAUCCGCCGUCGCCCGCGGCGCCGCCUACUUGUGUGGGACCCCGUCGCCCGCGAACAGCGCCGGCUCAUCGUCCCACGAGAGCUGGACAACGACCUGCUCAUGUUCAACGGGGCCGUGCUUCGCCCUGCCAGCGGCCAUGGCCAUUACCAGGUGGCCCUGAUAGCCCAUGACAGACUUAGUAAUCAUACAAGAAUUUUCGCAUGCCUUUACUCAUCGGAGACCGGGAUAUGGAGCAAAAUCAAUUCACUGCAGCUGCAAUCGUUUAUGGCCACGCCAGAACCCAGUACUUUGAUUGGGAAUUCCUUUUGUUGGUUACUUAAGGUUCAUCCUGACCUUCAACAUGUCAUACUUGAGUUUGAUCUGGAUAGGCAGAGCCUAACUGUGAUAGACCUGCCACUACAAGUAAAAGCUCGCCCUUUCAAGUUAAGGAUUGUGCCGACCGAAGAUGGUGGGCUUGGCAUUAUCCAUCUCUCAACAUUUCACAGCCAAAUAUGGAAGAGAGAGCCUGGUUCUGUAUGGGUGCACGACAGAGCUAUUGAAUUCGAGGAGCUCAGAUCAGCUUGUAAGGGAGACCGAUACCCCCUCAUAGUGGGGUUUUCCGAGGACAGUAAUGCAAUCCUUUUACAGACGAAUUCUGGUGUUUUCAUGGUCUAUCUCCGGUCCAUGGAGUUUAAGAAAAUUUCCAAUAUGGGGAACUUCCAUCUCCAUUAUCCAUUUGCAUGCUUCUAUCCUGGAGGGACUGGCAUUGGUGAUGGACAUGGUGGAGAUGACGUGUUAGAAGAUGUGAAAUGGUUGUUUGUUGAGACAUGCUAGUAUGAUGUGAUGACUGAAGGUAUGGCUAAGUUGGAGGAAUGGCUUAUCGGUGUAGGUUCUUCUAUUUUUGUGUUUUCUGGUGUUGUGGCCAGUGAUGGUCCAUUCCAUCUGAAAACUGAUCCGUUGUAGUACGUACUUAUCAUCAAGUGUGAAGUACACUUGCAUGAGCGAACUGUUUAACUUGUUAGCUCCCACUAUAUAUUUCUUCAGUAGCCUCUGUAGGCAGUGAGAAAAUUGGCAGUUCGGCACAGUGGGUCUGUGCCUUGUAGUUGAGUAAGACUUUCAGUGGUUCUGCAGCCAAGCAGCCUCACCUCUUAGUUUGAUGGGUUGGUGUUCAACUAGUCUCCAGUGGGUCGCUCAUGCUGGAAACACCAGAAUUCAGAGGCUAGCUUCCAUCUCUGCCUAGCAACUACUCCAGUCCAGCAAUGAUGGUCAUUUCCCGGCUUCCAUUGUUAGACCUAAUCUGGUUGCCUUAUGCGUGUAAGUGAUCUGAUCUAGUUUAUCUUGCGCUUCUGUCCGUCAUAGUUAGCAGGGAUGCGGAGCAGUAUGAUGAUCUACUGCUGCUGCUGCUGCUGUUGGGGCUGUAGAAUUCUACAAGGUGAAACACCGAAACCACAAGUUUCGCUUUUGUACCGAAAUCAGGUUGUCGAGUUGGUUGUUCGUGAAUAACUACUGAUGGAACUCAAGGUGUAGUUUAGACGAGUUGAGCCAGACCAGAGCAGUGUGUCCUCCCGAAAUUGUUUUGUUUCCGUGCUGAACUGGA